AUUGAAUUUGGAUUUUCCCUCUAAAAAAUGGCGUCAUGCUUUCUCUCUCUCUCUCUUUUUGUGUAUUACUGUUAUUAUUAUUAUUGAAUGAUCUUGUGUGUGCACACAUGUGAAUCCAAAUUCCAAAAUAAAUACAACAAAGUGUCAAUCAAGUUGUUGUACAUAUCCACUUAAUAAACAAUAUACAACUUUAAUUUCAAUAAUAAUAGUAAAACAUUAUUAUAAUCAAGAUGAGUCGUAAAGAAGCUUUGUCACAAUUUAUUCAACAAAUUCAUGGUAGACCAGUUGUUGUUAAAUUAAACAGUGGUGUUGAUUAUCGAGGUGUACUUGCCUGUCUUGAUGGUUACAUGAAUAUUGCUCUGGAGCAAACUGAAGAAUAUGUUAAUGGCCAAUUGAAAAAUAAAUAUGGUGAUGCAUUUAUAAGAGGAAACAAUGUACUUUAUAUUAGCACACAAAAAAGAAGAACUUGAAUUUAUCUAUUUUUUAAAAAAAAAAAAA